UUCAUCUCGUCUAUCUUCAGUACUCGUAAAGAAUCCCAGCGGAAUCUCAAGCCCUCUCCAAUGGCGGCCUCGUGCUCUUCUUCGUCCAUUAGCUGCUGCUAUUAUCCUCUCUCCUCAUCGUUCUCAAAGGCAUCCUCAUCAAAAUCACCUUCUUCUCUCUCUUGGUCUUCUUCGAUUCCAAUUAUAAAGCUCUCCUCAAAGGAUCUCCUCAAUACCUCUUCCUCAACUUCACUACCCAAUCGCCAGGUUGGCGUGGUUCAUGCAGCUUGGACUCGAAGAUCCAGAGGUGAAGCAGCAAAAAGACCAAACAAAAAAUCAUGGAAACAAAGAACAGACAUGUACAUGAGGCCCUUCUUGCUAAAUGUUUUCUUCUCCAAGAGAUUUAUUCAUGCAAAAGUAGUGCACAGGGGAACUAGCAAAGUGGUAUCAGUUGCUAGCACCAAUGCAAGAGAUUUGAGGAAUACUUUGCCUUCUCUCAUUGAUGAUGAUGCUUGUAGAACAGUUGGACAGUUGAUUGCUGAAAGAUCGAAAGAGGCUGAUAUCUAUGCAAUGUCGUUUGAGCCUAAGAAGAACGAGAGGAUUGAAGGUAAGCUUGGGAUAGUCCUUGACACGAUAAAAGAGAACGGGAUUAUUUUAGUUUAGUUGAUAAGAACUUGCAUUUGGGAUAUAUUUAUGGGGAAUGCUCAUUGAACAUUCAUAUUCUUAAGGUUGUAACUUGGUGAGAGUUUGUCCGUUAUGAUAUAUUCUGAUGCUGAGCUCUUGCUGAUGAC